AUGGCAACGAGUAAUUUUGAAAAUGAACUAAUUGAACGUGUUCUGUCUAAAGCUGACAAAUCAGAAACAUACACAUAUUUUUGGAAAACUGAAUCACCGUUUAGUAAUUUUCAUCCAUGCACUGUUAGUGUAGAUAAUCUGAAAUUUAGUUGUACUGAACAGUAUAUGAUGUAUAAUAAAGCUAUUUUGUUCGAUGAUAAAAUAAUUGCCGCUGAAAUCAUAAACGCUCAUUCACCACGAGCUAUGAAAGCUCUCGGUCGCAAAGUAAGCAAUUUUAAUCCUGAUAUAUGGUUAGAGAAUCGAUCAAAAAUUGUUUCAAAUGGAAAUUAUUUAAAAUUUACGCAAAAUGAACAUUUGAAGAAAGCUUUAUUAGAACAACAUGGUAAAAUAUUGGUAGAAGCUAGUCCGAAUGAUCAAAUUUGGGGGAUCGGGAUGGACCAAUCGAAUCCUCGUGUUGCAAAUCGGUCAGAAUGGAAGGGUUUAAACUUAUUAGGAUUCAUACUGACAGAUAUUUGUAAUAAAAUCUACGAAGAACAAAAGCAGUCUUAA